CACCCAGCAUCUUUCUAUUUCUCUUCCAACCGCUGUAUCUUUCGUUCACAAUCCUAUUCUCGUGAACACGCUUUAGAACUUAGAACAUGUCUGGAAACGAGUACUACGGCGGAGGCGGCUAUAACCAGCCGCCGCCGCAACAAGGUUACGGUCAACAGCACUAUCCUCCGCAACAACCUCCGUACGGCCAGGAGCAGUACAAUCAAGGACACAGCCCUUAUCCUCCGAACCACCAGACUCCUUAUCCUCCCCCCUCACAUUCUCCCUACCAGUCUCCGCCCCCACAGCAAGGAUACGGCCCCCCUCCUCCGGGAGAGUACGAUCCGAAUCGCGGAAAUUCUCCCUAUCCUCCACAGCAACAGCAACACUAUGGUGGGCCACCUGCCCACGAUCAAUAUGGCGCUCCACCACACCAGCAAGGCUAUGGCGACCAAGGUUAUGGACAACACGGCCAGCCCGGCGCCCCCGGAGGCCCAGGUGGCCCCGCUGAAGGAGACCGCGGGCUCGGCUCUACGUUGAUAGGCAGUGCUGGAGGCGCGUUCAUUGGACACAAGCUCGGUGGUGGACCGUUAGGCACCGUUGGAGGUCUGGUAGCUGGUGCUAUCGGCGCGAAUAUCUUGGAUAGCAAGCACGACAAGAAGAAAGAAAAGAAGCACAAGAAGCACAAGCACGGCAGCAGCUCUCAUAGCGGAUCCUAUGCCGGUUCUGCGGCUGGUCUUGGUGGCCUUUAUGCUGGAAGCCAUAGCAGCCACAGUGGUGGUCAUAAGAAACAUAAGCACCACAGGUCUAAGAGCCGCGGUGGAGGCAGUAGUUCUUCUUCCAGCAGCGACUCGGAUUAGGCUUCGAAGUGGCUGGUCUUGCAGGCUGCCUUGAUAGUGAAUGGACGUGUCUUCAUCUUGUUUUACUUGUUUUACUUGGUUUGAAUUGUGGCGAGGAGAUAACUGCACCCAGAGGACUAUCAAGUGUCCUUGAGGAAACUUUGUACCCCAUUAGUCUAUUCUCUCGAAUCAUAAUUCCUAUUUCACUG